GAUCUCUUGAAUGAAUACUCAUGCCCUAAACAAGGACACCUACUUGAAGAUAUUCCUUGGCUAACUUGCAUAUUACCAUCACAAAGAUGCAAAAUGCUACAAAGACUGAUUUGAGUUUGUUGCUGGAGUGUCUUAAAUGCCAGAUGAAAUGUCCUGACUCACAGAAACAAGCGCUGCUCACCAUUUCUGCUAUUUGCCAGCAGAGCGAGGAGAAUGUGGAGUUUUUCCAGAAUGUGGGAGGGGUGAUGUUUGUGCAUAGCCUAUCCCGAUCCAGCCGCCACCCUCAGGUCAGACAGACUGCCCUCUUCAUUCUUGGCACCUUGGCUGAGUCUAAUGUGUACUGUAAGCAGGCCCUGUGCAGAAAGGAAACCUUCUCAGACCUGGUGGAGAGUCUGCAGCAGGAUGUGCCCGUGCCCCAGAAGUGGGUGGCCGUCUACAUGCUGUCUGCACUCGUCUCUAACAACAGGUCAGGGCAGGAGUUUGCACACACUUCAGACUGCAUACAGACGCUUCUGGAUCUGUUCAGGUGGAGUUUCCCUCUCUCCUCUGAGGCCGAGGCUGUGGGAGAAACUCAGAUGACGCAGCUCUGGACUGCUGUGUCCAGUGCCCUGUGUGGCUGUGUCAACAAUCCCCAGAAUGAGCUGAACCAGCGUGUGUGUAUGUCAGCGUUUCCACUGGUACGUAGCUGGCUGCAGCAGAUGAGUCCUCCUCGCCCACAGCUGCUCCAGCCUCUCUGCUCCUUCAUCGCCAUGACGCUACACAACAACACCAGUGCUCAAGAGUACUUCUCAUCAGUGGGUGGUCUUGGGACAUUGUGUGUGAGCCUGGCCAGUCUGGUACCUCACAGCUCAGAGAGCCUCCCAGCAUGCAGCAUGGCCAUCACGCUCACCAAGACACUGGCCGCCUGCAUCACAGACAACCCGGGCCUGGCGGCGAGUCUGUCUGGGCUCCAGCUGGUGCCGGUGCUGGGGCUGCUGCUCUCCUGCCCCACUCUAGACCACAGAGGACAGCUCAGCGUGGUGCUCACAAUGGGCCUCUGCACCGACUCCUCUGAGGAGCACCAGACUCAGCUGUUGGCUAACGGCGGUCUGCCCCUGAUCAUCUCCCUGCUGACCGACACACAGGACGAGGAGCUCAAGAAAGCCGCCACUUUCGUCCUGCAAACCUGCAAAAAGAUCACUGGGAUGCUGGGCCCUGGCCUGAGGUCAUCUCAUGAAGAAGAGGAACAGUGUGAUAUAGAGAACCACUGGAAAUCUGCCAAAGCAAUGCUGCAGAGGAUAAACAACCUGGAGGAACAACAGGCAGGAGUAGAACAGUGGGAACGGGAUGUGGGGAAUUCCACAGAUCAGCAGGAAGGAACUUUUGGAAUUCCGCAGGCUCCUCCCCCUCAGGCCCCUUUGCUCCAGCAUGCUGACCCCACAGAGGAAUUCUGGGAAGGGACGCCACUGCGCAAGGUCAGGGUUCACCCGGAGGGACGGGCGAGGCUCAGGAACGACAAGCACAAAGAGCCUCCUGUCCGCAGGGACAUUUUCAGGAGUGUUGCAGAACAGGACCCGCCCCUCCAGAAGGACCAGGUCUCCAUCAGAGACGUCUUGAGGGAGAGAGAGAAAGGAAGCGAUAGAGGGACAGAGAGAACCCUGAGGGAGAGAGAGAAAGGAAGCGAGGAGAGAACCCAGAGGGAAAAACAAGAGAGGCGGAGAGGCAGGGAAUGGGAGACAAGAGAGGGCCAGAGCGACUGCACUGUCCAGAGAGAGAGAGAAGAGAGGAAGAGUAGGAGAGAUGUUGAGAGAGAGGGAGGGAGGGAUUGGCUGGAGAGAGAGAGAGAAGAGAGGGAGAGGAGGAGAGAUGUUGAGAGAGAGGGAGGGAGAGAAGAGAGGGAGAGGAGGAGAGAUGUUGAGAGAGAGGGAGGGAGAGACGGCAUUCCAGCCCAGCUUAACUCCGCCUCCCUCACAGACACAUACAGCUGUCAACCAGAAGAGGGAGGUAAACACACAGACAGCUCACAUGAGUUCAGGAUACCAGGACCCUUUCAGAGGUCUGCCCUCCGACCCAGACCCCAGUCUCUAUCUGAUGAUGAGAUGUCCAUCUGUUCUGAGGUCCUGGACCAAGAGAUUCAGCGCGUCCUGAUGACCCCUGUCUCUUUUACCCACAGUGCACUGCGCUGCUUAGACUGUGUGUCAGGCUGUGUGUCAGGUGUGUGUGAUGUGAGUAGCCGCUCCUUCUCGGCCCUCCUGCGCUCCAGCCGGCAGAAGUGUGAGACACACCUGCUUCUUCAGCGCGCCGACCUGCGCCACAGGCAGCAGCUCAAACACACACACACACACACACUCACACGUGCCGGUGGCUCCUGUGCCAUCGACACACCCUGCCAGAGCAACACACACACACACACUCACACAUCUCUGUCUCCCAAUGAGAUCACAGACAUGGACAGAGGAGGCCUCCAGCACCCCCCGGGAGAAGAGGGGAGGGGCCGCAGAGCACACGGCCACAGCCAGGGGGCUAACCUCACAGUUGUGAACCUCACUCCUCUGAAGAGGCCCCCUGCAAGGCAUGGCAGAGACCAGUGCAGAGAAGAGCUGAUCAGUGAGGAUGAUGAUGAUGAUGAUGAUGAAGAGGGUUCAGAGGACCACACUAGGAAGAGGGAGAGGAAGAACUUCAGUGAGGAGGAGCUGGUGUUUCUGCGUGAGGGUGUUCGGCGUUUUGGUCGGUGCUGGAACUCCAUCCUGUAUGCAUAUCCCUUCCCACCUAACCGCACCAACAUCGACCUGGCCCAGAAAUACCGCCGCAUGAAGAAAGCUGAAGCCGCCACCGUGGGCAGAACAAAUUAUAUUUGAAAUAAGUGAAGACUAUUUCAAACUAAAUGGACCUUAAACGAAAACAUAUUUAAAUGUAUGUAUUUUUGUAUAUAAUGAUCUAAUAUACUUAAUAUAUAGUCAUAUAAUAUAUAAUUUAAUUAAUAUAUUAAUAAUUGAUAAUAAUUUCUUUACUUUGGGACAUUGUAAGUGGAAUUAUAUGUUAUACGUUACACAGGUUCGGGUUCAGUUGCUGUGUUCUUCGUAAGAGGAAAAAAAUAAAUCAUAUGGAUUUCUGUAUCUGAAAUAAACUGGAUAACAACAACUCCCAGAGACUUCUGGAACUGUGUGUGUGUAUAUGUGUGUAUAUGUGUGUGUAUAUGUUUAUCUUGUUUAUGAGGAGGCUAGGCGCUGAGCAGAGGCAACACAGGAUUCCACACCCCGCACGUCAUAGCGCUCACUCCCAGCUCUCAG